GAGGCCGUGGAUGGUGGCACAGGCAGAGUCUUCCUUUCUUCAUCGAGUAUUUACUGAGCACCUACAAAGUGCGACGUGCUCUUCUAGGCAUUUGGAAUACCUCAGUGACCAACUAGACAGAGAUCCCUGCCUUCCAGGAGCUUAACCCUAGUGAGGGCAGAGUCAACAAACAACACAUGUAAAAAUAAGUGCACUUACAAACAGUGUUAGAAGAGGAUGUGUGCUAUGGGGGGAUAACGCAGGGUGAGGGGCCGGAGACCGCGGCAAGUGGGGAUGGACAGGCUGUCGGAUUAAAUAGGGUGGUGGGAGUAGGCCUCAUUGGGAAGUUAAGAUUUGAGCAAGAUUUGAUAGCAGUGGCGGAGGUGGCUAAGCAGAUGCCAGGAGAAGAUAUCUAAGGAAGGGGCUCGCCUGGCUUUUUGACAUCCCAAUCUUCUCCAAUGACUUGCCUUGGAACGGGGGUGCAUCUGGUGGCUGGGAGGUCCCCAGCUCUCCUCCUAGGAGCCUCACAUAAGCCUCAGGGCAAGGACAGCUCCUUGCUUCCACUGUCUUAGAGGCGCUUAUUCCAGAAACUCCUCCCAGUUGUGGCUUUUGCAGCUGCUGCUUGACAGAGCCUGAGGCUGCCCUGGGGCAGCUGGGGAUUCAGUUCAUGCAGGGCAUGAGGCCCCCAGACUGGAGGAAGGCGCCCACACUGAACAAGCUGAGGCUCCCUGCAGAGGAGGCCAGGUGUGCACAGCACGUAAGGCUGAGCCCACAGGCUCCUGCCCAGGCGACGAGUGGAUGACUCGGAAGGUGAAGGUGGAAAAGGAGGAUCAGGAGGCCGAAGAGGAGGUCGAAUGGCCCCAGCAUCUAUCAUUACUCCCCGGCCCUUUUCCCGCGCCUGACCUGGGGCCUCUGGCCGCCGCGUAUAAGCUGGAGCCGGGCGCCCCAGGGGCAUUGGGUGGGCUUGCGUUGGCGGGGUGGGCCCCCGCCUCCGAGAAGCCCUAUGGCUGCGGGGAGUGCGAGCGGCGGUUCCGGGACCAGCUGACCUUGCGGCUGCACCAGAGGCUGCACCGCGGCGAGGGCCCCUGCGCCUGCCCGGACUGCGGCCGCAGCUUCACGCAGCGCGCGCACAUGCUGAUGCACCAGCGCAGCCACCGCGGCGAGCGGCCCUUCCCGUGCUCCGAGUGCGACAAGCGCUUCAGCAAGAAGGCCCACCUGACCCGCCACCUGCGCACGCACACCGGCGAGCGGCCCUACCCGUGCGCAGAGUGCGGCAAGCGCUUCAGCCAGAAGAUACACCUGGGCUCGCACCAGAAGACGCACACGGGCGAGCGGCCCUUCCCCUGCACUGAGUGCGAGAAGCGGUUUCGCAAAAAGACGCACCUGAUCCGCCACCAGCGCAUCCACACGGGCGAGAGGCCCUACCAGUGCGCGCAGUGCGCACGCAGCUUCACACACAAGCAGCACUUGGUGCGGCACCAAAGGGUGCACGAAGCGGCAGGCCGCACCCCGCCCUCUCCUGACGUGCCCAGUUCCCCUGCCCCGUCCCCCACUCCGUCCCCGCCCGGGCCUAAGCCUUUCGCCUGCUCCGACUGCGGCCUGAGCUUUGGCUGGAAGAAGAACCUCGCCACGCACCAGCGUCUGCACCGCAGCGAGGGGCGCCCCUUCGGUUGCGAAGAGUGCGCACUGGGCGCCACCGUGGACCCCGCUGCUGCCGAGCCCUUGGCCGGCGUGCCCCGAAGCACAGCGGCGCCCCAGGGCGCUCCCGCGAGCGAGCGGUCCCUCUUCUGCCCGGACUGCGGGCGCGGCUUCGCCCACGGCCAGCACCUGGCACGGCACCGGCGGGUGCACACCGGUGAACGACCCUUCGCUUGCGCGCAGUGUGGCCGCCGCUUCGGCUCGCGGCCCAAUCUGGUCGCCCACUCCAGGGCCCACAGUGGGGCCAGGCCUUUCGCCUGCACGCAGUGCGGCCGCCGCUUCAGCCGCAAGUCGCACCUAGGGCGCCACCAGGCGGUGCACACGGGCAGUCGGCCCCACGCCUGUGCCGUCUGCGCCCGCAGUUUCAGCUCUAAAACCAACCUGGUCCGCCACCAGGCCAUCCACACCGGCUCCCGCCCUUUCUCCUGCCCGCAGUGCGGCAAGAGCUUCAGCCGCAAGACUCACCUGGUGCGGCACCAGCGCAUCCACGGCGACGUCGCCCACCCGGCCUCCGAUGCUGACCUCUCGGCCCCAGCCUGGCCCACUGCCGCCGAGGUAGCCGCGCCUCCGCUCUUCUUCUGAGCCUGGUCAUCAGGACCCUUCCUUGGCCCACUGGUUCGAGAGACCCAUGCCCGACAUCUGGGCGCGUGAGGACAAUGGCGUGGACUGCUGCCCAUUUUCCUUCCCUCUCAGUCUUGGGGAGAAGUCUGGAAAGGACAACCAGCUUUGACAUUCUAUGACAGACCAUGCUAAGAGUGAACCCUUGCUGGGAACAGUUCAGGCCUGAGAACUUGGAAGACUCCCCCCGAGAGACCCCAUCAGAAAGCAGACUUUUCGGGACCACCCCUGGCCAAGGGCUGACUGAGUCAGGAACCUUUACAGGGGGGAGGAAAGAAUGUAUCUGUGUACUUAAAGUGUCAUUAAAAUUACAACCUGAA